AUGAGCAAUCACACCCAGGCUGUCAUCUUCUUGAUAUAUCGAAAUAAGAGUGCGGCAGCUACUGCUGCUGGUCAUGUGGAUGUGCAGAAUGGCCUAGAGUCCCUACGGGACAGUGCCCAUUCCACGCCAGUGCGUUCCUCUUCCCAUGGGGACACCUUCCUGCCUCACGUGAGAAGCAGCCGGACAGAUAGCAAUGAGCGAGUAGCUGUGAUUGCAGACGAGGCCUACAGCCCUGCAGACAGCGUGCUGCCCACCCCUGUGGCUGAGCACAGCCUGGAGCUGAUGUUGCUUUCCCGGCAGAUCAAUGGAGCCACCUGCAGCAUCGAGGAGGAGAAGGAAUCUGAAGCCAGCACCCCAACUGCUACAGAGGUGGAGGCCCUUGGGGGAGAGCUGAGGGCCCUGUGUCAGGGGCACAGCGGGCCCGAGGAGGAACAGGUGAAUAAGUUUGUUCUAAGUGUCCUCCGUUUGCUCCUUGUGACCAUGGGACUCCUCUUUGUUUUGCUCCUCCUCCUGAUCAUCCUUACCGAGUCUGACCUUGACAUUGCCUUUUUCCGCGAUAUCCGCCAGACCCCCGAGUUUGAACAAUUCCACUAUCAAUACUUUUGUCCCCUCAGGCGAUGGUUUGCCUGCAAAAUCCGCUCAGUGGUGAGCCUGCUCAUUGACACCUGAGAAGGCAUGACUCCUCCCAAAAACUAGCCAGGUGGACCAAGGAGCCCAGCUACCCAUUCCCAGCAAUGGGACCCAUCGCGGAACCAUCGGCACAUAUACCAAGUCCUCCUCUCAUGACUCAAAGUCCACUGCAGCCUAGGAGGGUGUUUCCCAGAAGAAGAAAGGGAUAGGCUCACGCCCUGUCUAAACAAACUGGGAAAACUAAUUUUCUUCAGAAGUUAUUUCAAGAAAGGCUCAGCAACUCUGUUUCUCAUCUUUCCAAUUUGCAGGAUAAUUUUUGGUUUAUGAAUUUUGAUUUUUCAUAGAUGUGUAUUAUUUUGAAGUACCAAAUAAAAAUAAUUUAUUUUACUAUUACUGAUUAUUGCAGUAGUGUCACCUAGCAGAGGGGACACUAGUUGAAGACUAGAGAGCUGCUGUCCUCUGUAUUCUGCAGGAGCUUUCCUGCUGGUGCCACUGGGUUCCAGUAGAUUCGUCACUGCAGCCUCAGCAGGGCAGGGCAGGGAUCUGGACAAUGGGGACUGUUUAGUUUUUUUUGCCAGACAGAACUUUUAAAAAAGUAAACAUCCAUGUAGAAUGAUUAAAUGGAAAGUUGCUUCUUA